AUGUCUGUCGGUUCGUCGCUGAGCGGAUUCAUCGUCGGGUACGACGCGUCGGGCAAUACCGUGACGUACGCCAACACCGCGCUCCGGGUGGUGGUGGCGGCGAGCGCUGGCAUCGGUUCCUCUGCUGCCGGCGACGUGCGGUUGGAUGCCGCCACGACGCAGUUGCCCGACGUGGCGCUGCUGGUGGAAGAGCAGCGCGAGAACGAGCCACUUCCGACGGUGGCCUACGUUGUAGAAGUGGUGCGCGCCCCGGGCUCAUCCGGCUUGCCAGUUGCGAGUCUGAGCGGGCGUGUGGCGUUGACAACCUGUGCUGUCGGGUACGGCAAAGAGACGACACUGCUGGCUGGACAUGGGGCGACCUUGUACACGCUCUGCCGUGAGUGUCCGGCGAGCUCUCACUCUGACGUUGUCGGGUUUGUGCCUUGCGUACCGAUCAAGGAGUGCGGGAUCAACUCUGUAGAUGUGUCAUCGGCGCUGGACGCGGUUCCAGAGUGCAUGUGCGACACAGGCUUUAUGCUCGUGGGCAUCAAUCCUGAAGCAAGCUACGUGGUCGAGUGUGCCCCGUGUCCAAGUGGCGCGGUGUGCAAGCGCGGACGAGAUCCGCCUCUGGCAGCGCCAGGGUAUUAUGGAGAGUCCAACUCGUCGUUUGUGCAAUGCCGGAGGGCGAGCGGAUGCCCGGGUGGCGCGGCGCGGAGCUGUGCCAAGGGCUACGUGGGAUAUAUGUGCAACGUGUGCGAUGUCGGAUACUACUCGAAUGCCAAUCAAGAAUGCGUCGUGUGCCCACCCGAGUCGCAGGGUGCGCUUGCCGGCGGAAUGGCGAUUCUAGCAGCGAUUGGUGCCGGUGCCGGAGUUGUUGUUGUGCUCUCGGUGGCCAAGGCGCGCAAGGGCAUGGCUGGCGGAGGUAGUCUCCGCAAGCGGACAAUGCCGGCUUCGCUGUCGAUGAUCUUGGUUGCGUUCCAGGUUGUGGGAAUUUUGGGCGACAUCGACUUGUCAUGGUCGGGGCAAGCGCGCGGCGCACUGCGGUCUUUCAACAUCGCCAACGUCGAUGUCAAUCUGUUUGCGUCCGAGUGCUCGCUGACCUCGUUCCACUACAAGUAUGCGGUGUCGGUCUCGCUGCCGCUUGUGGUGUUCCUUGGCGCGGUAGCAAUUGCCACCACGCUACGCUUCUCGGCGAUGCGGGCCAAGCUGUCUGGAGUGACGAUGGGCGUGCUUGUGGAUGCUGCGGUGUUCUCGAUUGCGCCACUGGUGUAUAUUCCGAUGGCGCGGGCGACGUUUGUGCUCUUUGAUUGUACUCGGCUCCCGAACGGAGACUGGGUCCUUGAUGCCGAUCCAGGCGUGGGCUGCUUUGAUGAGGCUUGGUGGAGCGUGUUCCCGGUAGGCAUUGGCGGGCUGGCCACGUAUGUUAUCGGCGUGCCGGCGUACUCGAUGCUCGCGCUGAUGCGGUCGCAGCACCAGUUGUUGGAACCUGCCACGUUUGCGCGAUACGGCGAGCUGUACAAGCUCUACCGAGUCCCGUUUUACUGGGGCGGGGUGGCAGAUCUGGGCAAGCGGCUUGCAAUUGUGUGUACAGCCGUGUUUGUGUCUGACAGGCAGAUUCCACAGAUCGGGGUGCUGCUAACCAUCCUGCUCUCAGCCUCGUGGGCCGUGCUCUCGUUCAAGCCGUACUACUAUCCACUGUACAAUCGGCUCGACUUCCAGCUCACAGUGGUUCUUGUGGUCAUCUUGCUCCUGGGCGCGGCGUCACACGCGGAUCCGGAGGCUGCAGACACGCUGUUUGUGCCCGUGGUCCUCAUGCUCGUCAUCCUGUGCUUCAUUGGCGCGCGCGCGCUCUUUACCGACCUCCUCCAGAUAGUGCGCUCGCGGCGCAACAGAUACUCGCCGGCGCAUGAUCGGGCCCGCCGGCUGGCGCGGCAGCUUGAGCGCGAAGUGCCGGAUAUGGCGCCCGAGCUGGGCGAGGCCGUCGCCGCUGUCGCCGUCCGCCUCGGCGAGGGCGAAGGCGAGUGGAGCUCGGACGGCGGGAUGGCGCUGACCACCGUCGCCCUGGGCUCCUCGAACUCGUCCGAGGCUGGACCCGGAUCUGCGCUCGUCGACGUGAGUUUGAGCGUGAGCUCGGAUUCCAGUUCGGGUUUGGAAUCGAGACGGAGCUCUCGCAGGUCGGCCCUCAGCUCAUCGUCCAGCCGCUCGUCGUCGUGGAAGGCAUCGAACCCGAGCUCUGCGCACUCGUCGAGCCGGCGGACGCAUCCUUCGCUCCCACUGGUGGGUGUGGUCCAGGCCAAGCCGCUGAGCAGUAGGCAACCAUCGCGCCGCAACCGUCCAAGCCUCUCUGGACGGCGGCGAUCUUCGGCGGUCUGGCCGCAGUCGGGAGGCCGCCAAGGUCGCGACGAGCCGUGA